AUGUCGGCCACAGACCCCGCGUCCUCGCCGGACAUCAUGAACGAUCCGCAGUUCGACCCUACCGAAGCCAACGACAAGUCGCCUUCCGAGGGCGAUACAUGCAGGAUAUGUCGUAGCGAGGGUUCUGCUGCCGAACCACUCUUCUACCCCUGCAAGUGCAGUGGCAGCAUCAAGUUCGUCCAUCAGGACUGCUUGAUGGAGUGGCUAUCGCAUUCCAACAAGAAGCACUGCGAGCUCUGCAAGACUCCCUUCCGCUUUACAAAACUUUACGACUCGCACAUGCCUCAAACCCUGCCGCUGCCCAUUUUCGCAAAGAAAGCCUGUCUUCACACCUUGAACUACCUCUUGACAUGGGCUCGCGCUCUUACCGUUGCUCUUGUCUGGCUCGUCGUGCUGCCAUGGUGUAUUCGUUGGUCAUGGAGAGGUCUCUUCUGGAUCUUGGAUGCAGGUUGGGCAAGAGACCCCUGGUUAGCCAAGAUGGCUCAUGCUGCUGGACAAUACGAUAACUCGACCUCUGCUAGCGGCACUUCCCCCGACAAGGAGCCUUUCGGCCUGAGUCUGGGAAAGUUCCUAGUGAGCACCCUGUUCUACCCGUUAAAGCCCCUCAGCCAACCCGCCCUCUAUUCCUCGUUACACACACAAUCCGAAACCUCAUUCGUACCGCCCUAUUCUAGCUUGUUAUCCGACGUCAAAGCUGUAAAUAAUUUGACCUCUCACAUCUGGCUCAACCGUUUCAUCCUCGAUGUGCUCGAGGGCGACAUAAUCACCAUCAAUGUCGUGGUUGCUUUCAUCCUUGUUUUUCUGAUCCGCGAGUGGGUUGUCCAACAACAACCAAUAAUCAAUGCCGCCGCACAUAUCCGCGAUGCAGAAAUGCAACUGGAUGUUGCCGAACGAGCUGCUCAACGCUUGCAUGAUCUCGAGGCGGCCGCAUUGGAAGAUGAGAACCUUCGGCCUGCAGUAGAGCGGUAUCGGCAUAUCUUUGAGCAGCUUCCUCGCGAAGGUGAAGCCUCUGAAGAUGAUGACAAUCAGGGCACUGAGUUCAUCGGUUGGUACGCCAUGGAAACCCUCAUGGACAAUGCAGGAGUGCCCCAUCAAUUCGAGGGUGAAGAUCAUGAGGAGUUCAUGGAAGGAUUCGAGGAGGCUACCGAGGAGCUGCUCGAACAAAUCAAACUUGCUGAGGAUUCUGGUAUAUCUCGGCCUGAGAUUGCACGGAAUUUAUGGGCUAUUCUGGACAAUCUAGGCCCAACCGAAGGAGAUCUCUGGCGCGAAUUCCUGCUUAACGAAGACCAAACCAAAUACAUGUUGUUCAGCAAUCUUCCUGAGGACAAGAUUGCCUUGUCCGACGACGAGAACCCUGGAGCAGGUCCUGCGCCUUCUGGAUCCGAGAUUGAACACCGUACAGAUGAUGACAUUCCUAGCGAGUUACGAAGACGACCGACAAUGCCUCCGAGAGACGCAUCAUCACACGCACAGAGGGUCAUACAGUCACUUGAAGAGUCCUCAAAUGAGUUUGAAAGCAGUAUCCACCAGGAUGCUGAAGUUGAUGGCAAUAGCAGCCGCGGAAGUUGGCAAUCCAUCACGGCUUCCUCCUCAGAACCAUCGAAUACUACAGCAACUUCGCAGUCAACCCAACUCAACACGGACCAUCAGCAAGACAACCAGGACACGAAUGAUGUCAUCACAACAGCGCCAAACCAUUUGACAGAGUCUCAGUCUGAGACUGCCGCCAUAGAAAUAGAUCAGAGCUCCACCAACGAAGUCACGUCGCAUGAUUCACAUGGAGCAGUCGAACAAAUCUUGGGAGAAGGAUCUUCAGCUGCCGUACCGCGGGCAGCAGAGAGUCCUGAUGAGGCGCCAACCGAACCAGAGCAAAACCUCGUAUCUCAACCGACACAACCUGAUGAACCACACAAAGGCCCAGUUGCUAGAUUGUUUGACUGGUUUUGGGCUGAUAUCGUCAUUGAAGAGGAAACCGAUCCUUUGCCUGGUGUUUUCGACGAAGAGAUCGUCCGCAAUGAAGCAGAAGAACCACCAUUCGUCCACAUCCAUGGUGGUGAGCAUGUCCACAUGCCUGAAAAUGCGCAGGAUCCUGAGGUUCUCCAAGCUGCAGCCGACGCUGGCUUGGAUGCCGAAGCUAUUGAAGAUGCUGAAGACCUCGAAGGUGUCCUUGAGCUGAUCGGCAUGCAGGGUCCUCUAGCUGGGUUGGCACAGACAGCUGUGUUCUGUGGUUUCCUAAUCACGGCUACCCUUUGGCUCGCGAUUGGCGUACCAUACUUCUUCGGAAAGAUUGCGUUACUCUUCCUCGGCGAUCCAAUCUCAUCCAUGGUAAUGACCCCUCUGCGCAUUGUUUCGGCUUUCGCAGAUACCAUUGUCGACGUGACUGUCUAUGUUGGUGGUGCCGCUACGUACUUUGGAUCUCAAAUUGUAACACAAUUGCUCUCACUCUUGUUAGGUUCUGUCUUUUCAAAACUUGGCCUUGGAUAUGUGGAUAUAUUGGCAAAACGCGCACACAACGCAGCCAAUGGCGCUGGCGCACGUCUUGCGGAAUUAUUUGACGGUGACGGACCAGUGGAGCUGGGGCCUUUGAUGGUAUCCAUGCAGGCACAUCAGUCUCUCCUGAAUCUGAAGUCAGAAAUUGCGCAGGUUGGAAGAUUCAUCUUCAGUUGCGUAUCAGGCAUCUCGUAUCAUCUGCAGAACUCGACAGCCUCGGACAUGCUCAGUAUAGUCAACAAGACAGCCACGAGAACACUGCAGCAUACGACAACGAGCUACACCUGGGUCCGUACGAUGCUGCGAGAAGGACUAUUGGAAGCUGUAACUGAUGGUACCUUUACCUUCACUGUCAAGCACAAUGACAGCUCUCUAGAUCCCUCUCUGGCUGUCUGGACAAACGAAGAUCGUUGCUUGGCCGUUUUGGCUGGAUACAUUCUUCUCGCCAUGAUCGGAACCAUGUAUCUACUCCGCAAAGAGUCGCUCUUCAGCUCGCCCGGUCUACAGCAGAUCGAGAAGAGCUUCGCUGAUCUUCUCAAGCAAGCGGGUGGCGUACUCAAAGUCAUCUUGAUCAUAAGCAUCGAAAUGCUUGUGUUUCCACUGUACUGCGGCAUGCUCUUGGAUUGUGCUUUGCUUCCGCUCUUUGAGAAUGCAUCAGUCGCUUCUCGUCUUGCUUUCGCCAACCGAUCGCCAUGGCUAUUUGUGUUCUUGCAUUGGUUCAUUGGCACUUGCUACAUGUUCCACUUCGCUCUCUUCGUAUCCAUGUGCCGCAGAGUCUUGCGCAGUGGUGUUCUCUACUUCAUCAGAGAUCCUGACGACCCAACCUUCCACCCUGUCCGUGACGUCUUGGAGCGCAGUGUCACAACUCAACUUCGCAAGAUCGCAUUCAGUGGCCUUGUGUAUGGUGGAUUGGUGAUUGUUUGUCUCGGUGGUGCUAUCUGGGGAACUUCCAGAUUUGGAGUGUUCCCUAUUCGAUGGGCCAGACCAGAGGCGGAUUUAGAGUUCCCUAUCGACUUCCUAGGAUAUAAUCUCCUUGCUCCCGUCGUGGCACUUUACCUUUUCCCUUCUAAAGGAAUGGAAAAAGUCUUUGGCAGAUGGCUCAAGCUUUGUGCACGUUCACUACGCCUCUCUCAAUUCCUCUUUGGUGAAAGACGAGAAAUCGAGGAAGGGCAUCUAAAAGGAGAAUCGUGGCUCAGCAAACUCAACCCCUGGAAGGAUCAGGGCACCGUUGUAAAGUCUGGGAACUUCAUCAAGGACGGAAAAUACGUUCGAGCACCAGCCACCGACCAGGUUAGGAUCCCUCGGGGCGAGAGAGUGUUCCUCGAGGUCGACGAGAGCGAUCAACGAGUAGAUGGCACAAAUUCAAGCAACGGCAUACACGGGCGACAACCUGAGAACUUCAUUCAGGUGUACAUUCCGCCAUGGUUCCGCUUACGAAUUUUCACCUUCAUAUCGUGCUUGUGGAUGUUCGCCAUCGCUAUGGGCUUUGGCGUCACUGUUGUUCCUAUGAUCUUUGGACGACAGAUCAUGUCAAUUCUGUCCCCCGACCAUAUCGCACCCAAUGAUCUUUACAACUUCGCCAUCGGCAUUACUGCUUUGGGAAUAGUGCUUCAAUCUCUAUUCAAUGGACGAAAGGCACUCAAGAAUCUCAAAAACAUGACCUCACGACAAAAUAUGGCUGCUGUCUGCGCCAGCAUCAGCAAGCAAACAUGGCGUUCAGUCCGUACCGCUUAUGUGUAUGGAUUUGCUGUUGUGAUCGUGCCGUCUCUCUUUGCGCUUGUCCUGGAGCUGUACAUCAUUUUGCCUCUUCGCACCUACAUGGGACCAGCAGCUAUGAUGCAGAAGAGUGACAGUACCGCUUUGAACAACGUGCCGGGAGCUCAGGUCAGCCUUAACAACGCAACAUACACAGACUUCACAGAGACCCAGACCGCGCAAGUGGCAGUGGCGUCGCAUACUUUCCAUGUUCUUCAAGAUUGGACCCUCGGAUUCAUCUACGGGAGAGUGGUAUUACGCCUGCUGCUCUUGUCACGUAAUUCCCGACCAGCUGCGGCAUUCCGUAUGAUUACCCGGGAUGGAUUCACCAACCCUAACGCUAGAUUGGCGACUCGUGCAUUCGUUUUGCCAACACUGCUGCUGUUCUCAAUCGUCCUGAUUUGUCCUCCGCUGAUCGCUUCUGUGUUGGACCUCACGAACGUAAUAUCCGCUAGUGUCCGCACUAAGGUUUAUCGCUACAGCUAUCCAAUUUGCGCAAGUCAGAUGUUGGGAUUGUGGUGUACGUGGGAAUUAAGCGAGGGAAUGCGUCGGUGGAGAGGCCGUAUCAAGGAUGAAGUAUAUCUCAUCGGAGAAAGGCUUCACAAUCUGGGCGAGAGAAGACCACCGGAGGGUAGUAAGAGCGUUGUUCGCAGACACAGCUAG